AACCCUCAUAAAUGCUUCUCAGAAUUCCUUCUCAGCUAAGCUCAGGUCAGCAGUGCCGCGGCGUUGCCCCAAUCUCAUUCUCCCCUCCUAUAAAUGCGAGCAUCGUUUCCAAAUCUCUCUGGAUUUUCAACCACUUUUGCGUUUCCUCAAUUUCCAGAGCAGAGUCGUCGCCAACACGCCCAUUAAUACCCCCAAAAGAAUUGCUAUAGGAUGCUGCUGUUGAUCUGUUGUCAAGCAAUGAGGAGGUACGUUUCCGCCAUUUCAUCUUGGGUGGCCAGAGAGCUCUGUGGUGCUCGAAUUGGAUUUGUUUUCGACCUGAUCAGGAAAUUCGCCGUUGCUCUGCUCACUUGUAUCUUCGCUUUGGGUGGAGCGGCCAUUGGAGUAAUCAGCGGAGCACUGAAAGGUCAGACAACUGAAACUGGUUUUCUGCGUGGUUUUGGCGUUGGGGCAGUGGCAGGGGCCGUCACCGGUGUCCAAUUGAUGGAGCUCAUACUAAAUGGGGAACCAUUUUCGAAGGUUGCAUUGAUAUGUAGUUUGGUUAAUGGGAAGAUAUUUAUGGAAUGGGUGAGUCCUGCCGUGUUGAAAGCUUAUCAGUGGCAGGUUAGCACUAUGGAUACAGGGCUGAGAGAUAUACCCGACAUUUUUGAGGUCACUGCCAUCAGGGGAUUAUCGGAAGAAGCCAUCAAGGAUUUGCCAAGUUUUAACAUUUCUUCCUCGGUGACUACUGGAUCACCGUCUUCUGAUGCUAGUUGUGCCAUAUGUUUACAGGAUUUGAUGGAUGGAGAAUCUGCAAGAAUGUUGCCAAGUUGUCGACAUUUCUUCCACACGCAUUGCAUAGACGAGUGGCUUCCGCUGCAGGGAUCCUGCCCCACAUGCCGAGAGGAUGUUUGAAACACAACGAAAGAUUAGACCUAGCCCUACAUCUAUAUAUAUGUAUCUAUGUAUAUCAUAUGAGAGCAGAAACCCAACCUGGAAAAGUGAUCGAUCGAAUCAUAACCAUGUCCUUUCGGGUUUGAACAUAUCUUAAGUAACGGUUCCAGUUACGGCGUAACGACUUCCCCAACUUGAUAGCAUAGAUGAACUUUGCAUCAACUAUAUGUGCAUAAACCUUAUAUAUAACUGUAAGCCUUCAGCUCCCCAUGUUCAUAUACUUCCGGUUUUUUGCUGCUUCA